AUGUCCACCUCCAUCACCUCGGCCGCCUUGUCCGUCGCGACAAAGACGCUGACCGUCACCGCGGCGGCGGCGACGACUGCCGCUGGCGAUGCGAACCGCGCACCUCCUCAGGGCGGUGUCCUCGAAGGCGCCAACCCGUCCAAGUACGACCCGAGCAAUCCCAUCAUCCUCUUCAUCAUCCAGACAUGUCUCAUCGUCAUCGUCUGCCACGUCCUCCACUGGCCGCUCGCCAAGAUUCGCCAGCCCCGCGUCAUCGCAGAGGUCGUCGGUGGCAUCAUCCUGGGCCCCUCGGUCAUGGGCCACGUCCCGGGCUUUCGCGAAGCCAUCUUCCCCAAGGCGUCACUCCCGAACCUGAAUCUCGUCGCCAAUCUCGGUCUGGUGCUGUACCUUUUUCUUAUAGGCCUUGAGACCGAUGUGCGCUUCCUCGUCAGCAACUGGCGAGUUGCGACCUCUGUCGCCUUUGCCGGCCUCGCACUGCCAUUUGGUCUGGGCUGUGCCCUGGCCUGGGGCGUCUACCAUGCCUUCCGCGAGGAUGCCGGUAUCAAGCCCAUCAACUUUGAAGUCUACAUGCUGUUUAUCGGUAUCGCAAUUGCCAUUACAGCGUUCCCCGUGCUUUGCCGUAUCUUGACGGAGCUCAAGCUCCUCGACACCUCUGUCGGCGUCAUUACUCUGUCGUCUGGCGUCGCCAACGACGUCGUCGGAUGGAUUCUCCUCGCCCUCUGCGUCGCACUCGUUAACGCGGGCAGCGGUCUCACGGCCCUGUGGAUCCUGCUUUGCUGCUUGGGAUUCAUGCUCCUACUGCUGUACGGCGUCAAGCCAGCCCUGGUUUGGCUCCUCCGUCGCACCGGAAGCAUCGAAAACGGCCCAUCGCAGGGAAUCAUCUCGCUCAUCCUCGUGAUUUGCCUGGCGUCCGCCUUCUUCACUGGCAUCAUUGGCGUUCACGCCAUUUUCGGUGGUUUCAUGGCCGGCCUCAUCAUCCCGCGCGAGAACAGAUUCAACAUUCGCGUCACGGAGAAACUCGAAGAUCUCAUUGGCGCCAUCUUCCUCCCGCUCUACUUCACCCUGUCUGGCCUCAACACGAACCUGGGCCUCCUCAACUCGGGCACCGCCUGGGGCUACGUCUUCGGUACCACCAUUGUCGCUUUGCUCAGUAAGAUUAUUGGCGCGUCGCUUGCCGCCCGCUUUACCGGUAUGGUGUGGCGAGAAUCGUUUUCUAUUGGUGUCUUGAUGAGCUGCAAGGGUCUCGUCGAACUGAUUGUGCUGAACAUUGGCUUGAACGCAAACAUCCUUAGCACUCGCACCUUUACCAUCUUUGUGGUCAUGGCCCUUCUUACCACCUUUGCAACGACUCCCAUUGUCUCCGUCCUCUACCCCCCGUGGUACCAAGUCAAGAUUGCCGCUUGGAGGCGCGGAGAGAUUGACUGGGAUACGGGGGCGCCAAUUUCGCCUUCGGACACUGAUGAAUCAACCAAGAGGCAAGCUUCGAUGAAGAGGGUCGGCCGGAUGCUGGUAUAUCUCAGGCUGGAUAGCAUGCCUACGAUUCUCAACCUUCUGUCCCUGUUCGGUAGCUCCUCGGCGGCACAGAACCCUACUCGCUCUACCCAGGACGGCGAAAUCGAGCCCGUGACGGACAACUCAGUCUUGUCCGAUGGCCCAGCCAGGGCAGUCUGGGCCCACGGAUUGCGUCUUCUGCAGCUCACCGACCGAGACUCCUCUGUCAUGACUGUAUCCCAGGUCGCAGAGUACAGCAAGCACGACCCUGUUGUCAACACGUUCCGCACCGUCGGUCAACUUCACCACCUCGCCGCGUCAGGAGAGGUGGGUAUCAUGCCCGAGACGCGCUUCGCCGAGGCGCUCGCCACCAAGGCGACCAAGAUGUCGUCAGACCUUGUGCUCGUUCCUUGGAGUGAAACUGGUGGCAUUGGUGACUCGCCUAUCUUGUCCUCGGCAACUGUGGACGACAAGAUGGGUUCCUCAUACGGAGCGUUUGUGAGGUCGGUCCUGGAGUCGCAUGACCACAACAUUGCCGUCUUCUUCCCUCGCAGCGACGAUGCCGACAGCAAAGACAAGAUGGCAGAGCGAGCCAAGCUCACACGACAGUAUUCCAUCAGCCACCUGAAAGAAGACAUGCCGGCUGCCCCCCAGGCCAACAAGCCUUACCAUAUCUUCCUCCCGUACUUUGGAGAGGAGGACGACAAGCUAGCUCUCGUCAUCGUCCUGCAGCUUUGCGAAAAGUCCAACGCCACGGCGACAAUCUUGCACGUCACCACUCACGCACCUGGAACCGCAUCGUCUGGCGCCGAGGACCUCUUCGAGCUGGCCGCAGAGAAGCUUCCCGCCGAGACGGCCGCGCGCGUCAAGUUUGAGCGCUCCAACGGACCGACAACCAUGGAAGAGCUCCUUCAGCACAGCGCUGCCGACACCAACGCCGACGAGGCCAAGUCCCAGAGGCUCAUUGUCGUUGGCCGUGGCAGCGGCGCCAAGAUGGACGAGGGGAAGCUGAAUCACAAGGCGAGAGAGGAGCUGAGAAGCUGUCUGGGCGCGGUGGCCGGCCACUUUAUCGCGGGCGGCGCGCGGGCGGACAUGAUGGUUGUGCAGUCGAAGAAAGUUGCGGAGAGCUCUUGA